AUGAAUAAUGUUUCAACAAUUUCAGUGUUUUUUCUUUCAGGUCUCAAUGAAACGAGUCGGAAUCACAGAUCAGCUCUCUUCUUUCUCAGUUUGAUGUGUUACUGCAUAACUGUCCUUGUAAAUGUUUGUCUCAUUCUGAUCAUCAUCUUGAAUAAUGAACUUCAUGAACCAAUGUAUAUUCUGCUCUGUGCUUUUUGCAUGAAUGCACUUUAUGGAACAGCAGGUUUCUAUCCUAAAUUUCUGUCAGAUCUGCUCUCUCCUGUUCAUGUCAUCUCUUAUUCAGGAUGCCUACUGCAGGCUCAGGUGUUGUACUCCUUCGCCUGCAGUGAUCUGUCCAUCCUUGCCCUCAUGGCGUAUGACCGGUAUCUGGCUAUAUGUCGACCACUGGAGUACCACUCCGUCAUGUCGGUGCAAAAAGUCAUGAAGCUGGCAUCCUUUUCUUGGUUAACAUCAGUUUUCAUUGUUGCAGUCAACAUUUUUCUAACAUAUAAACUAAAGUUAUGCAGUCCAUAUAUUAACAGACUUUUCUGUGUAAAUUGGAGCAUUGUGUCACUGGCAUGUUUCUCUAAUGAAACCUCUAUUAAUGAAAUUGUUGCAAAUAUUACAAUACUAAUUUAUAUUCUUCAUGGUUUCUUCAUUGUUUGGUCAUACAUGUAUAUCAUUAAAAGAUGUGCCAGUUCUAUAGAAAACCGGGCAAAGUUCCUGCAAACAUGUGUGCCACAUUUAAUUUCCUUGUCCACCUUUAUUCUUACUAUUUUGAUUGAUAUUAUUAAUAAUCGACUUAGUUCUGCAGAUUUAGCUAAGACUUUGCAAAAUUUUAUUGCGAUGGAAUUUCUUGUCAUUCCUCCCUUGAUAAAUCCACUCAUUUAUGGUUUCAAACUGACCAAAGUUAGAAACAGAAUUAUUACUUUUGUUACUCUCAGAUAUAAAUAA